AGUGGGUACUACUGGGUAUGUCCAUGAAAACAGGUAUGCUGUGUUCAGGUUCCUAAAAGCUCUCCGAACUGGAGAAUAUGUGGAAGGGUUGAAAAUUGAAAAUUCCACUUGGCCUACUUGCUUUCGUUCCUGGCCUCACUCUCACCCUCAACCUCUCGUCUCAAGUCUCAACCUCAAACAAACACUAAAACCUUUUCAGAGUCUUUUGCUUCACGUCUUCCACUUCAACUUCACUGAACUUAACUUCAAGCCAACUUAGGUUUUCAAUUUCUUUUUCUUUCAUUCCAUGUACUAACAUUCCCCCCCCUCUCUCUCUCUCUCUCUCUCUCUCGAUGCAUCUCCUCAAGCUUCCCAGCGUAACAUCUCCACAGUCUGGUUUCUCUCAAGACCCUCGGAUCAUCAAUCGUCUCUUCCCGCCAAAUUCGGCGAAAUGUGGAGCUCUUUCGAUCUUUAACCGCAAGGGAAUUGACAUCUCGGCUCCGAAGAAUCGUCCCAGUUCUUUGAGCUUCCUGGGCGAUCGUGGAGAGGAGGAGAGGUUGAAGAGUGUAAUCGUUAAGGAGGCUGACGUUGUUACUCUCGGUAAUCUCUGCGUCGAUAUAGUUCUCAAUGUCCCCGAGUUGCCACCGGCGUCGUUCGACGAGAGACUGGCCUACAUGGAACAGUUAUCAGCAUCGAAGCCUGAUAAGCGCUAUUGGGAAGCUGGAGGUAACUGCAACAUGGCUAUUGCGGCAGCAAGACUAGGUCUUAAAUGUCUAACACUUGGUCAUGUGGGCAAUGAAAUCUAUGGACACUUCCUCCUAGAUGUGCUUCAUGAUGAGGGAAUUGGUAUGGUUGGAUUGGAUGAAGAUACUGAUUCUAUUACAAACUCUAGUGCCUCAUACGAAACACUUAUAUGUUGGGUUUUGGUGGACCCUUUGCAAAGACAUGGAUUUUGCAGUCGAGCUGAUUUUAGUAAGGAGCCUGCAUUCAGUUGGCUGAGUGAACUUUCUGGAGAAGCAAAGUUAGCAAUCAAGAAGUCAAAAAUCCUAUUUUGCAAUGGUUAUGGCUUUGAUGAGCUUUCUCCCAGUUUAAUUAUGUCUGUUCUAGAUUAUGCCAUGGAAGUAGGGACAUCAAUAUUUUUUGAUCCUGGACCACGGGGAAAAUCACUUUCUAAGGGGACGCCUGAACAGAAAAGAGCACUUGACUGGUUCUUGCGGACGAGUGAUGUUCUUCUUUUAACUUCUGAUGAGGCUGAAUCAUUGACUGGCAUAGAAAACCCAAUAUUGGCUGGACAACAGUUGCUUAGGAAAGGAGUGCGCACAAAAUGGGUGAUUGUUAAAAUGGGAUCAAAAGGUUCCAUUCUAAUAACAAUGUCAAGCAUCUCCUGUGCACCUGCAUUCAAGGUGAAUGUGAUUGAUACUGUUGGCUGUGGAGAUAGUUUCGUUGCUGCUAUUGCAUUUGGUUUUCUUCACGAUAUGCCUACAAUUAAUAUAUUAGCACUUGCAAAUGCAGUGGGUGCUGCAACUGCCAUGGGUUGUGGGGCUGGUAGAAAUGUUGCCACUUUGGAAAGUGUCAUUGAGUUAAUUAGGGUUUCAAACCUCAAUGACGAUGAUGAGUUCUGGAGCAAAUUACUUCAUGAAAAUAUGGAUACUCCAGAAAUAUCACUUCUUUCAAGGACAGUCAUAAAUGGAAGCAACGAUCAGCUGAAACAUGUCUCUUUGCAAAAGGUAGUCUCUGAUUGUAUAAGCUUCAGACUGUGCAGGGGAGGAAGAUGGUAACAUCUUGAUGCAGGAUUGAAAAGGCUUUUGCAACAAGUUGGUGAUGACUAGAAUUGUUUUUCCAGAUGCGUUCUCUCGCAUUGCAAUUGAUGAAAACUGACCUAUGGCAAGGGGUGAAUGAUUGAAAACCUGAAGAGGUAAACAAAUUGAGUUCACCUCUUUGGGUACUGUCAAGAUUAAAAUCCUAAUUUGCCACGUAUAGGCUUCAGGGUUAGAAGAAUUCUCAAUUUGAAUGCUUGAAGCUCAUGGUACAUGGUGUUGUACAUCUAACUGAUAAGAUACAUUACAAUUGUGCAUAGUCGAUUAAGAGAGAAUUGUGAAUUGGGGUUGUGGGUUAGUGGGGUAAUUUGUUACAUGCUUAUUUCAUUAUUUGUACUGCCAUAGAACGUAUGCCUCCCUAGCAAGUAUUAGUCAUUCUUCUUCUUGGCUUGAGAUU